AUGGCUGGCGUGCCCCAGAAGACAUUGAAUUGGCUUUACGAUGUAUUGAAACGUGAAUAUCGCGACCCGAAUCGCACCUAUUCUGACCUUGCCCACGUCCUCGCCCGCAAUCCGAGCUUGGCUCCUCGGACGGAUGUCUACACGUACGAGAAUGGAGCGCCUGCGCUGCUCCUCCAGUUCAAGGGCACCAUCCCCGUCAACUUUCGAGGGAACACGUACCGGUUCCCGAUAGUGCUGUGGAUUCCUCACGCCUACCCGUACGAGGCGCCGAUGUGCUAUGUCACUCCGACGGACGAGAUGGUGAUCAGACCGGGGCAACAUGUCGGUGGAGAUGGGAGAAUAUAUCAUCCGUACUUGGCGCACUGGCGAGAACAUUGGGAGAGAUCGAAUAUCCUGGACUUCAUGUCCAUCUUGUCCGAUAUCUUCGCCAAAGAGCCGCCUGUCAUGUCCAGGUCACCGCAUCAACCGCAGAGAACAUCACAGCCGGUUCCCCCACCGGUACCGCCUCUACCAAGGGAGAUGCAACCACCUCCAGCUUCGAAUGUGUCGGUAGCAAGCUCUCCUCCGCCUGUUCAGCAUCCGGGCGCGCCCGCUCCACCACCUCCUCCGCCCAAACAGCCUGCUCAACCUGGCCUUCCAGCUUCUGCCCCAGCAAGUCCUGGCCCUCCGACGAUUUCUUCGCGAACAGGGCGGUAUGAUGCUCCGCCUCCUCUGCCGCCUCAGGUGCAAGUCCCAGGCCAAAGACCUCAGGAAACGUAUGGGAAUGGAAACGUCCAACGACCCUCCAGCGGAGCAAAUUUUGCUCCUCAGCGUUCCAGUAGCCUUCGACAGUCCAUGUCUCCUCAACCGCCCUAUCAGCAGCAGCAGCAGCAGCAACAACAGCAACAACAUCAUGUCCAAGCUGCGUACGAACCACCUCCGUCUUCGUACCCGCCUCAACCCCCUCCGCCGGGUCAGCCACAGCAAUAUCCCCCAGCCCAUCCCCAUCAUGCUAUGACUUCUCCCCCAGGUCAAGGUCCAGGCCAAGUCUCCGACCACGCCAGACAGCCAUUACUCUCCGAUCAAUAUGGUCAGAUGCCAACAACAGCAUCACCCUUUCCUCAGGGCCAGCCUCCCGGGCGACCUGUUUCGCAACAAUUCCCGGCCAAUUACGCCCAGCAACUUCCGCAACAACCUUACCCUCCACCUCCACGGCAGUAUCAGCCACCGCCUCAACCUCCUGCUCCGAAACCGGCGCCAACACCAAAUCUUCUCGACUCGCCCUUCGACAUUCCCCUGCCUGCUCCCAAUCCUCGAUUAUCCCACAACAUUCCCGCGCCUCCGAUACCAGUCAACCCUGAAAAGGAGGCUCUCCUCACCCAUCUUUCCCACCUGAUGACGACAUCCCUCCACCAACAAAUCUCCCAGAACAACUCUGCGUUGGCACCGUUGGCAUCGCAAUUUGCAGCAAUGCAGUCCACCACGAGCGCAUUAAACGGCGAACUGAGCACCUUGAAGGCGUUGCAUGCGACCGUAUCCAACAAUAUUUCCCUCCUCCAAUCCUCCCUGACCAAGGCUGACCAAGCGAUAUCGUCCGCCCACGCCCGCGCCGCGAAAAACGACAUCCCACACGUCGACGAAAUGCUCACCGCCCCGACCGUCGUGGCCCGCCAAUUAUACGAUGCGGCGUGCGAGGAGCGGGGGAUUGAAGCCGCUAUCCUGGCCCUGCAGGAAGGCUUCGUCCGGGGCCGUGUGGGCAGCGAGAUCUGGGCUCGGAGGACGAGGGAAUUGGCGAGGGAAGGGUUCAAGCGGCGCUGGAUGGUGAAUAAGGUGGGAGAGGGGCUGGGAUUGGACAUGGCAGCCGGUGCCUAUGGGCGAUAA